UAACCAUAUAUUUUAUAUAUUAAAUAAUAUUUUGUAUAGUUUAUAUAUAUAUAAUAAUAAUAAUAAAAUUAUCAUCAAUAAAUAGCCCUCAAUAAAAUAGGGUCCUUGAUAUAAUGCAAAUUUGAAGCUAGUUUAAAAAUAUGUCUAUACUCCUGUUGAAUUUUGAGCUGUCAGAAAAGGUUCACGUGGAAUUGAAUGAAGAUCAAAAACGUAUGCCUGAUGACUUGAAAAAUCUGAGUGAGUGGAUUGAUAAGCAGCCACAUCUUACUGUCAGGAAAGAUGAUCAGUGGUUGAUAGCUUUCCUCAGAGGAUGCAAGUUCAGCUUGGAGCGUACGAAAGAGAAACUAGAUCUUUAUUAUACUUUACGAGGGACUGCUCCGGAAUUAUUCAAUAUACAACAUAAGGAUACUCGUUUCCAUGAAAUUUUGGAUUUGGGAAGUUACGUAGUCCUUCCGAAUACUGGACCUGGUGAACCGAUGAUUUGUAUUGUUAGACCUGGUAUAUACAAUCCAGACAAGUAUCAUAUUACAGAAGUUAUUGCUGCCACCAAUGUUCUGACAAAAAUAAUCUUGCAAGAGUGCGACAAUGCAGUAAUAGCUGGGGUGAAAACAAUUCUUGAUCUAGAUAAUGUCACUAUGGGACAUUUCUUCCAAAUGACCCCGGUGACAAUGAAAAAGAUGGUUGUAUCUGGACAGGAUGCUACACCGAUUCGUAUGAAGGGCACGCAUUAUCUGAAUACUCCUCCAGGAUUUGAGACAGUCUUUAAUGCUGUAAAAUCUUUAUUAAACGAGAAAAAUAAAAACAGGCUUUACGUUCACAAUAAGAAUUACGAUGAACUAUAUAAACAUAUUCCAAAAGAAAUUCUGCCAGAAGAAUACGGCGGUAACGCAGGAUCUAUUGAAUCUAUUGUUGGCUAUUGGAAAAAGAAGGUUGAAGAGUACAGUGAUUGGUUGGAUGAAGACUUGAAGUACGGGACAGACGAGUCGAAAAGACUUGGCAAACCGAAGACAUCGGAGGACAUGUUUGGAGUAGAGGGAUCGUUCAGGCAGCUGGAGUUUGAUUAAACAUUUAUAACAUAUUAAUGAUGGGAUUUUAUUCUACAUCCGUAUAUUUUUUAAAACUAUUCUAGCUCUAGUAAAGAAUAGUGAGAUAAGAUAGAUACAGAUAUUUGUUUUGUUUAUCUUAUAUUUUAUCGUUGUUAUUGUCUGUAAAUAAUUAAUUUAUAAAGUAAUGAAAAUAAUAUAGAAAUAGAAGUAAGCGAAAUAUUGGUUCUUUGUAUAAUAUAAAAAAAAUUAAAGUAUAUAUAAUUUUUUUUAUACAAAUUUACAACUCCGAGAUAUCUUGAGAUUGGAUUGAAACCCAACUUUUUGAAUGAGCGAAUGGAAAUUU